AAAUGGUUAGUGAUUGCGGACUCCGUAUGGAGGAUGGUAGUGAGUUCGACAGUCGCACGGCGCGCACAGAGAAUGAGUAAUAAUAAUCUCAGGACAAUUCACACAGCGCCAUCUAGUCCCAAGUUAAGCUAACUAAAGCUAGUGUUAUGGAUCCUAGACAACUGAUACAAAUACAUAGAUUUUUUUCCCAAAUACAUAAUAUACAUAGAAAACAUCCAGACCGACACAAACAAUCAUACUCAUGAACAAAUGUUUGUGCCGUGCGAGGAAUCGAAGCCGCGAGCAUCGGAAGUUAAGCGGUGUGCUAAACCGCUAGACCAGCGAGGCUACGGAACCAUAUCGUUCAAUACCAGUUCAAACAAUCAAUUUUUUUUAUUACAAACAAACCAAAGGUCGCACAGUUCCUAGUAUCAAUUGAUAACACUCUAUCACACACUUCACUCGUUCAUGCUAUUUAUUCAAAUUGAGAUAUUGUCUAUUAUUUAAAUUUGGUUAAAAAUUAAACUGUACAGUUAUAUUUAACCAUCUACCCGACGCUUGUGAAAUCACUCUAUCUAUUGGUAAAAACUGCAUUAAAAACCGUUGCGUAGUUUAGAAGAUAUCCGCGAAGAGACAGCUGAAGUGACCUAAUUUUAUACUAUGUAAAGAUAUCGAAAUCAGAAUAUAAAGAAUCAUAAUGUUAGUAGCACUAUAUAUAGCUGCUUGCGUAGUUAACAUAAUAGGACGGACACACAACUACAAUAUAUAUAUACCUAAAAACGAAGAUAUGGAUAUACGUGUCCGUCGGAGUGCAACAAACAAUAUUGGAAAUACCAACGAGCAUGAUACAGAAACUAAUGAAGUAAGACAAAUGAAUGAUAAUGAAGUUUUAAAGGAGAAAAUGUACAAAUACAUUUUGGACUUUAUGAACAAUUACAAUCAACACAAUGCAGUCCAUUCCAAUGAAGUUCACAAUGACAAAUUAACACAUAUUGAAGUCGACAGUGAUGAAUCAUUAGUAAAUGAUAUUGAAAUUCAUUAUAAUGAAAACUUGAAACAAAUUGAAGUUGACAGUGAUGAAGCAGAUCCGGUUGAAGUUGCAAAUGAUCAUAUAAUAAGAACUAAACGAUAUUUGGAGAGUAAUGGUCAAACUAACAAACGGAACAGGGACUCGGCACCUGGUUUGACAAUUAUGAACGCAUGUUUCUUAUGCGUGAGCUUUGGAUGCGCCAAAAAUUACAGGAGAGUUGGCAAUCGAUGCAUACCAACUGACAAUGAUUACUGAUAUUAAUUUCCUAGCCUCGAUGGUCUAGUGGUUUAGCACACAGCUUUAUUAUCCGAUGGUCGCGGGUUCGAUUCCUCGCAUAGUACAAACAUUUGUAUUCAUGAGUAUAAUUGUAUCGGUCUGGGUGUUUUCUAUUAUACGUAGAAUUUAUCUACAAAAAAAAAUGUAUCCAUGUAUUUAUAUCAGUUGUCUAGUACUCAUAACACAAGUUCUGCUUAGCUUGGGACUAGAUGGCGCUGUGUGAAUUGUCCCGUGAUAUUAUAUAUUUUAUUAUAUUUUAUAGAAUUAAGUAUUAUUUUGUAAGUACAUUCAUUAUUUGAUGGAUUCAUUUUUUUUUAUUCCGCCACCAUUGGCAUGUGUGAGAGCACACAUAGUGACUGCAUAUAUUGAAUCAUACAAUAGAA